CAGGAAUGCCUUCCAAACAGUAUCAGACAAACUCUGUGGGGCGUCCAGAAGGCAAGGACCGCUCAAUGACUCUGUGGAGUCCUUUGUCCUUUCCCAGGACACGGGGUGGGGGACCCCUGCCUCGCCAACCGUAAAGUAACAAUCUGUGUGGAUGUGGAGAGCGGCGGCGCGUUCUCUGGCUCCUCGCACGCUUUCCCCAAUUUGGAUUUGCAGCCUGACGUCACGUCUGCUGGAGAUUGGCUGUUCAGAUCUGACACUGUGUUCCACCGCGAGAGAAACUUUUUAAAGACUUUGCAGCCGGGGCUGCCUCUGAGCGUCCUGCGCGCUCACGCCCGCCCUCGCCCACUCUCGCCGAAUCCCAGGAGCGGCGCCCCCUGCGCGGCGACUCCGCCGGCGGACCCUCACCUUUCACAGCCCGCUGCCCUCGCCCCUCCCCUCCCAGGCUCUCCUCUCCGCACCCCGCCCCCUUCUCUCUGCGGCUUUCGGCUGGGGUCUGGGGCUGCUCAGCCGCCCUCAGAACUUCCUCUCCUGUAACCGAGUUUGCCUCUUCCCCGCCUUUCCCGGGCUCUCGGCAGAUCUCGGGGGGAUCCUGAGCGCGUGCAGGCAGCCGCACCCGGCGAGCCCCACGGCUGGGGGCGGAGGUCGGGAGCGCCGGCUCGGGCCCGCGAUGGCGGGGUCCUGGCUCAGGUGGGGGCUCCUGCUCUGGGCAGGGCUGCUCACUACGUCCGCUCAGGGCCGGGUACGGAGGAUCACGUACGUGGUGCGCCCGGGCCCCAGCCUGGCAGCCGGAGCCUUGCCCCUGGGCGGGCCCCCGCGCCCGCGGACCUUCAACGUCGCGCUGAACGCCAGGUACAGUCGCAGCUCAGUGGCUGCCGGGCCCCCCAGCCGUGCCUCCCCAGGGGUGCCGUCGGAACGGACUCGGCGCACGAGCCAGCCUGGUGGCGCUGCCCUGCAGGGGCUCCGGCCACCACCGCCACCGCCUGAGCCGGCGCGUCCCGGGGGCUCCGGCGGGCAGCUCCACCCCAAGCCCGGAGGUCACCCGGCGUCUGUGCAGUUCGCCAAACAAGGCAGGCAAGUCGUGCGAUCCAAAGUGUCGCAGGAGACUCAGAGCAGCGGGAGCUCAAGGCUGCAGGUUCACCAGAAGCAGCAGCUGCAGGGGGUCAAUGUGUGUGGAGGGCAGUGCUGCCACGGCUGGAGUAAGGCCCCUGGCUCCCAGAGGUGCACCAAACCCAACUGCGUUCCGCCAUGCCAGAAUGGAGGGAUGUGUCUCCGGCCCCAGCUCUGUGUGUGCAAACCAGGGACCAAGGGCAAAGCCUGCGAGGUAACGGCAGCCCAGGACACCGCGUCACCGGUCUUCGGAGGGCAGAGUGCUGGGGCUGCUUCCUCCUGGGCCCCUGCUGAGCCAUCAGUGAAACACACUUCGUCUAAGAAGGCAGACGCGCUACCGAGAGUCAGUCCCGUGGCCCAGAUGACCUUGACCCUCAAGCCGAAGCCUUCAGUAGGACUCUCCCAGCAGAUACAUUCUCAAGUGACACCCCUUUCCUCCCAGAACGUGGUGAUCCAUCACGGCCAGACCCAGGAGUACGUGCUCAAGCCCAAGUACUUCGCAGCCCAGAAGGUGCUCUCGGGGGAGCAGUCCACGGAAGGUUCGUUCCCUUUCAGAUACGGGCAGGACCAAGUCUCCGCACCUUUCCAGUUGAGUAACCACACUGGUCGCAUCAAGGUGGUCUUUACUCCGAGUAUCUGUAAAGUGACCUGCACCAAGGGCAGCUGUCAGAACAACUGUGAGAAGGGGAACACCACCACUCUCAUUAGUGAGAAUGGUCAUGCUGCCGACACCCUGACGGCCACGAACUUCCGAGUGGUAAUUUGCCAUCUUCCAUGUAUGAAUGGUGGCCAGUGCAGCUCGAGGGACAAAUGCCAGUGCCCGCCGAAUUUCACAGGGAAGCUCUGUCAGAUCCCGGUCCACGGUGCCAGCAUGCCCAAGCUUUAUCAGCAUUCCCAGCCACCAGGCAAGGCCUUGGGAACGCACGUCGUCCACUCCACACAUACCUUGCCUCUGACCAUGAAUGGUCAGCAAGGAGUCAAAGUGAAGUUUCCUCCCAACAUAGUCAACAUCCACGUGAAGCACCCUCCCGAGGCUUCAGUCCAGAUCCAUCAGGUUUCACGAAUCGACGGCCCAACAGGACAGAAGGCGAAAGAAGGCCAGCCAGGCCAGUCCCAGAUCUCCUACCAAGGGCACCCCGUCCAGAAGACCCAGACCGUCCAGAAGACCCAGACCGUCCAGAAGACCCAGACGGUGCAUUCCACCUACUCCCACCAGCAAGUCAUCCCCCACGUCUACCCCGUGGCCGCGAAGACCCAGCUUGGCCGGUGCUUCCAGGAGACCGUCGGGUCACAGUGUGGCAAAGCGCUCCCCGGCCUCUCCAAGCAGGAGGACUGCUGCGGAACCGUGGGCACCUCCUGGGGCUUUCACAAAUGCCAGAAAUGCCCCAAGAAGCCAUCUUAUCAUGGAUAUAACCAAAUGAUGGAAUGUUUACAAGGUUUUAAGAGGGUUAACAACACCUUUUGUCAAGAUAUUAACGAAUGCCAGCUGCAGGGCGUGUGCCCCAAUGGUGAGUGUUUGAAUACCAUGGGCAGCUAUAGAUGUACCUGCAAAAUGGGAUUUGGGCCGGAUCCUACCUUUACAAGUUGUGUUCCGGACACCCCUGUGAUCUCGGAAGAGAAGGGGCCCUGUUACCGCCUGGUCAGCCCCGGAAGGCAGUGCAUGCACCCCCUGUCCGUGCACCUCACCAAGCAGCUCUGCUGUUGUAGUGUGGGCAAGGCCUGGGGCCCACACUGUGAGAAAUGUCCCCUGCCAGGCACAGCUGCUUUUAAGGAAAUCUGUCCUGGUGGAAUGGGUUAUACGGUUUCUGGCGUUCAUAGACGCAGGCCAAUCCAUCACCAUGUAGGUAAAGGACCUGUAUUUGUCAAGCCAAAGAACACUCAACCUGUUGCUAAAAGUACUCAUCCUCCACCUCUCCCAGCCAAGGAAGAGCCAGUGGAGGCCCUGACUUUGUCCCGGGAGCAUGGGCCAGGAGUGGCGGAGCCAGAAGUGGCAACUGCACCCCCUGAGAAGGAAAUACCUUCAUUGGAUCAGGAGAGAACCAGACUUGAGCCUGGGCAACCCCAGCUCUCUCCAGGCAUUUCAACUAUUCAUCUGCACCCACAGUUUCCAGUAGUGAUUGAAAAAACAUCACCUCCUAUACCUGUGGAAGUAGCUCCUGAAGCUUCUACCUCAAGUGCCAGCCAAGUUAUCGCGCCAACUCAAGUUACAGAAAUCAAUGAGUGUACUGUGAACCCUGACAUCUGUGGAGCAGGACACUGCAUUAACCUGCCGGUGAGGUACACCUGUAUAUGCUACGAGGGCUACAAGUUCAGCGAGCGACAGAGGAAAUGUGUUGACAUUGACGAAUGCACGCAGGCCCAGCACCUCUGCUCCCAGGGGCGCUGUGAAAACACAGAGGGAAGUUUCCUGUGUAUUUGCCCAGCCGGAUUUAUGGCCAGCGAGGAGGGUACUAAUUGCAUAGAUGUUGAUGAGUGCCUGCGGCCGGACGUGUGUGGGGAAGGUCACUGCAUCAACACUGUGGGGGCGUUCCAGUGCAAAUACUGCGACAGCGGGUACCGCAUGACCCCAGGGGGACACUGUGAGGAUAUUGAUGAAUGUUUGACUCCAACCACUUGUCCGGGUGAGCAGUGUGUGAAUUCUCCUGGAUCUCACCAGUGCGUCCCCUGCACAGAGGGGUUCCGUGGGUGGAACGGACAGUGUGUCGAUGUGGAUGAGUGCCUGGAACCGAAGGUCUGCACCAACGGCACUUGCUCCAACCUGGAAGGCUCCUACAUGUGCUCCUGUCACAAGGGCUACAGCCCGACUCCAGACCACAAGCACUGCAAAGAUAUCGAUGAAUGCCAGCAAGGGAACCUGUGCAUAAAUGGGCAGUGCAAGAACACCGAGGGCUCCUUCAGGUGCACCUGUGGGCAGGGCUACCAGCUGUCCGCUGCGAAGGACCAGUGUGAAGACAUCGACGAGUGCCAGCACCAGCACCUCUGCACCAACGGGCAGUGCAGGAACACGGAGGGCUCCUUCCGCUGCGUCUGUGACCAGGGUUACCGGGCAUCCGCCCUCGGGGACCACUGUGAAGAUAUUAAUGAAUGUGAGCAGCCUGGGCUCUGUGGUCCUCAUGGAGAGUGUCUAAACACAGAUGGUUCUUUUCACUGUGUCUGCGAACAGGGUUUCACAAUCUCUGUAAGUGGCCGUACAUGUGAAGAUAUUGAUGAGUGUGUAAACAACACUAUUUGUGACAGUCACGGGUUUUGUGACAAUACGGCUGGCUCCUUCCGCUGCCUGUGUUAUCAGGGCUUUCAGGCCCCACAGGAUGGGCAAGGGUGUGUGGAUGUGAACGAAUGUGAACUGCUCAGUGGCGUGUGCGGCGAAGCCUUUUGUGAGAACGUGGAAGGCUCCUUCCUGUGUGUGUGUGCUGACGAGAGCCAGGAGUACAGCCCCAUGACCGGGCAGUGCCGCUCCCGGGCCUCCGCAGAUGUCGAGGUGGAGCAGCCCAGAGAAGAAAAGAAGGAGUGCUACUACAACCUCAACGACGCCAGUCUCUGUGACAACGUGCUGGCCCCCAACGUCACCAAGCAGGAGUGCUGCUGCACCUCCGGCGCCGGGUGGGGGGACAACUGCGAGAUCUACCCCUGCCCGGUCCUGGGGACGGCUGAAUUCACUGAAAUGUGUCCUAGAGGGAAAGGUUUUGUCCCUGCCGGAGAGUCCUCUUACGAAGCUGGUGGCGACAACUAUAAAGAUGCGGACGAGUGUCUACUUUUUGGACAAGAAAUCUGCAAGAAUGGCUACUGUUUGAACACCCAGCCCGGUUAUGAAUGCUACUGUAAGCAGGGGACAUACUAUGACCCCGUCAAACUGCAGUGCUUCGAUUUGGAUGAGUGCCAAGACCCCAGCAGCUGUAUCGAUGGCCAGUGCAUCAAUACAGAAGGCUCCUAUAACUGCUUCUGCACCCACCCCAUGGUCCUGGAUGCUUCAGAAAAAAGAUGCAUACGACCGUCGGAAUCGCACGAACAAGUCGAAGAAACCGACGUCUACCAAGACCUGUGUUGGGAGCACCUGAGCGAGGACUACGUGUGCAGCCGGCCGCUGGUCAGCAAGCAGACCACGUACACGGAGUGCUGCUGUCUGUACGGCGAGGCCUGGGGCAUGCAGUGCGCCCUCUGCCCCAUGAAAGAUUCAGAUGACUAUGCGCAGCUGUGCAACAUCCCCGUCACGGGACGCCGGCGGCCGUACGGACGGGACGCCUUGGUCGACUUCAGCGAACAGUACUCUCCAGAAGCUGACCCCUACUUCAUUCAGGACCGUUUUUUAAAUAGCUUUGAGGAGCUGCAGGCUGAGGAAUGCGGCAUCCUCAAUGGGUGUGAAAAUGGCCGCUGCGUGAGGGUGCAGGAAGGCUACACCUGUGACUGCUUCGACGGGUACCACCUGGAUAUGGCCAAGAUGACCUGUGUCGACGUGAACGAAUGCGACGAGCUGAACAACCGGAUGUCUCUCUGCAAGAACGCCAAGUGCAUCAACACCGAGGGCUCCUACAAGUGUCUGUGUCUGCCGGGCUACAUGCCUUCCGACAGGCCGAACUACUGCACUCCGUCGGAUGCCGCCCUGAGUCUAGAGAAAGACAGUGACCUGGAGUGAACGAAUGUCCGCAUAACCGAAGCCCGUAUACUCUGCACUGUGUAAAGGAAAAGAGAGAAAUGUAUUAUACUUGAGACAUUGCACCUAACCCGGCGUGCAGGGAGCACGGGAACAUCACAGUAUUGCACACCCUCGGAAGACGAUGCGAGGAUUCGGUGUGCGCCUGACUGGUGGAGCAGACCAAACGGACAUUUCUCUGAAAAACCAGUAUAUAUAGUCUGUUCAUAUGUAAAAUUCAGUGGAAAAGAGGUGGAGCAGUGCUGUUAUUUUAAACAGAAGUUUGUAUUAUUAUGUUGUCUUGUUUUUUUUAUUAUUGCUUGAUUAAAUUUGGCAUUUAAAUAGUGGUGGAAAUAUUUUAUAUAAUUUUCAUUUUUUGGUUGUGCAGUUCCUUGGCUAUUGUUUUUCUUUUCCCUCGGAUUUUUUUUUUAAAGUCUCAAGUGCACAAGUCGUUGAUAAAAUAUUGUUAAACUGUAUUGUAAGUAUUGUGACACAGGGUUAUGCUAUUCCUAGUCUGGAACAUUUUUAAAUUCAACUUGUCUGUCCUGUGGAGCAGACGAGCUUGGUUUCAAAACUUUUAUACACAUUUGGAGAAAAGUACUUUGUAUUUACGUUGUAUCGUCUGAUCUUGAUGUCCAUCCAUAGCCAAGCUGCUGGCGGGUGUCGGUUGGCCCCUCCCCCACGCUGAAGUGGAGGCACCAGUGAGCACGUGAGUGCCGUGAUGUGGGAAGUGUGCCCAGCGACGUUGUGUGAAAACUCGAUGAUCCCAGCAUAUUUACCAUUGUAUAUGAAAGCAAAAUAAAUCACCAUUUUUUU